AUGAGGCUCACGGACAUUUUACUCGCAUUGACUUUGGUGGUCACUAGCAGCAUGGCAGUAGUCCCACCUGGUAAAAAUGUUCAAACCCCCCAAUCAAACCAGAAUCCUGCAUGCCGACCAGGACCAUCAAAUGGAUGCCAGCCAGGACCAUCAAGAGGAUAUCUGUCGGCAACUCCUAAUCCAGAAAAUGAGCAUGGACUGGCUGAUGUAUACGAUGCUCAUUAUAAAAAGCUAAAAAAACAAUUGAAAGAUGCCGAGAAGGACAUGAAGCGAAAGUGUACUACACAUCUUGAACUCAAGAGUAAAUCCAAGUCGAGUCAAACCAGUGGAAGAUCAGGUUUAAGCUCGUUUUUUGGCAGAUUUAUACCAGAUUCUGUUAAAAAAUGGUUUGGUAGAACUCCGACUAGUGUGAAAAAUACCGAAUACGAUUCUCAACAGUGUAAACGAGCAGAACGUAUCUGCAAACAAAUUCAAAGAAGAAUUCAAAAGUUCGAAAAAAUGUUUGGCAUUGAAUCUGAGACAAAGACAACAGGAGUUCUCCAAUGGUUCAAAAACUAG